CGAGUCCAACCCGUUCGUUGCGUGGCCAAUCAUGUCGCGGCCACCGCCCCCGAUGCUCUCCGUCCCGGAGAAGAAGACCGCCGCCGCCGAGCUCUUCCGCGACCGCCACUUCUUCAGCGCCGCCGCCUUCUCCGACAUCCGCGACGCCCGCGCCGCCGUCGCCGUCCCGAACCCGCAGGCCCAGCCCCCCGCCUCCCGCCGCGCCCUGAUCCUCCGCUACCACCGCCUCCUCUUCUCCGCGCGCGAUGAUCCCUGCGCCUUCGACGAGACGCUCUCCUUCACCUGGCACGACGCCUUCCGGCCCCAUCUGAAGCACGCCGCCUCGUCCCUCCGCUUGGAGAAGGCCGCCCUCGUGUUCAACGUCGGUGCGGCCGCCUCGAGGAUCGCGGCGGCCCACAGCCGGGCCACGGAGGAAGGGGUAAGGGCGGCGUGCGGGGAGUUCCAGCGGGCCGCAGGGGCGUUCCGUGCGGUAGGAGAGAUGAUGGAAGAGGAGGCGGCGACGACUGUGGAUAUGAGCUCGCAGGCCUCGGCGAUGCUGGAGCGGCUUAUGCUCGCGCAGGCGCAGGAGUGCUGUUUCGAGCGCGCUCUCGCAGGGGGGAAGUCGCCGGCGGUAUGCUCCAAGGUGGCCAGGCAGGCUGCCCUGUACUAUGAAGAAGCUUAUGCUGCACUUGUCGCUCCUCCACUUCAGAACCACUUCGAAAGAUCAUGGGUAUCUCAGGUCCAAUUGAAGGCUGCUCUGUUCAAUGCUGAAGCUUGCUACAGGCACGCUAUUGAUCUCCACGAGAAGACAGAAAUUGGUGAGGAGAUAGCUCGAUUGCAGGUCGGAAUUAAUGCAAUUGUGGAUACAAAGAGAACCGCAAGAGGAGCCCCUGGACCUCUGUAUGAUUAUGCUUCCAGACUAGAACAGGAUAUGAACAAGAGCUUGGAGACAGCAAAAGAAGAGAAUUAUCGGGUCUAUCUUUUCCGUAUCCCGGCUGCCACAUCAUUGGCUCCUCUACCAGCAGCUUCGCUUGUCCGCUCAGCGUCCCUGAGUGAAAUCUUAGAGGCAAAGACAGAAAAUGGCACUCAAUCUCCAUAAAUGGAUGCUUUGAGGUUGUGAAAUUAUAGGUGGUCACGCUCACUACCUUUUCCAUUUGCAUGUAAUGGUUGUCGCGGCUGCAAAUUUUGGAGGGUUGAUAAUGUUUAUUAUCAUUACUAUUUUAUUCUUUGCUGUCUAAAUGGGUGCACAAUUUUGUACUGGUGAUAUAUGUGGAGGUACAAUUAAGAUUUGUGCGUUUAUGAUAGUUGUUUGUGGAGCUAGUACUCUCUUCCUCCGCUCCAAAUUAUAAUUUAUUUUAA